AUGGACCACCGCGAGUCCGCUGCCCACGACCUGCUCGCCAUGUCGCAAGAAGAGCGCCUGCACUCAGCCGCGCAGCCGCGCAUGCCGUCGCAGGAAACCGCCGAGAACCACAGCGCCGCCAAGAGCGACCGUGACAAGUACCAGUCGCCCAAUCCGCCCGCGUCGUCGAUAACGCCGCCGCCCUCGUCCCAGGUUCCGCCUGCUCCGCCUAGUCGGACUUCGAUCCGCACCCCGACCCCGACCCCGCCCACGCCUGUCCUGUCGUCGCCGCCGCCUACAUCGCGACCCAGCGUCCAGGCUGUUGCGCCUGCGCUGGUCUUCACCCUCGAUCAGAUCAAUGGCGCGGCACCCGAGGAGCUGCGCGACAUGGCAGCCGAGAUGAUGGUCGCACUACGCGAGUCUCGCACCUCCGCAGCCCAUCACAAGCUUCAGUACAACAUGCUCUGCAUGGACAGCGUCGAGGCGCAAAACCGCAUGGCCGUUGAACUGGCCAUGGCGCAGCGUGAGGUCGAAGUUCUCCAGCAGGCUGAAGAGCGGCGACGGAACGACAUGACUUCUCCCCACCAGAGCAUACAGCAGCAGACCGUCAGCCCUGCAAAUGCUACGCUGUUGAAUGAAAUGAGCCGGCACAUCCAGAUCCUUCAGAACGAGAACGAAGAGCUCAGAGACAUGCUGGAGCACUCCAGGCGCGUGACGGAGCGUAGAGAAGGCGAGAUUGCCGGCUUGGUCGAGGAGAACGAUCGCCUGCGCGGCCGGAUCAGGAAGAACAGGGACCACCUGAAUGGCAUUUUGGGCGACGUAUACGACACCGGCACACCCAUGUCGAUAACAAGCACGCCGCGAUAUCCAAAUACCCCGCGCAGCCGGAACCGGGCCCACACUGUAAACGACCCUCGGAACCGCUCCGAACAAGCGUUCGAAGCUUUGCUGCUUGCCGACAAGAUGUUGAGUGAGAAGAACACGACGGCACCAACGACGCCUACCAAGGGACACGCACCGAAGGCACGCUUCAGCCACACCCGAGGAGCUCAGUCUCUUUCUUCGAUGCCAGCCACACCUAACAGCAGAUCCAGACCAUCGCAGCAGCCUAGCACAAUAGCCGUUCCUCGCACUCCGCCGAGCUACCGCCCUGCAAACCAAGCUCCGCGGUCUGCCCCAGCGGCGAACGUGCCCAAAGCGCGUCGCCGGGAGAGCACUGACUCGACCAUCACAGCGUCAAGCAUGGAGAAUGCUAUUAAUGAAUCCGACAAGGAUACGGAGAUCGAUGAGUCACAGGCCAGUCAGAUGGCAUCGAACAUGUUGCGCCGAACCCCGCAACAUUACACGAUGGGUGGAUCACCCCACCCCAGUCAAAGUCAGAGCCAAAGCCACGGGAACAGGGGUAACUCGAUUCAAGCGAAACUGUUCGGCCAGGUCAGGAAACCUGGAGUAGGACGGCCGGCAGAGAGAGAAAAGCGAAGCAUUUCCGGUGUUGAGGGCAGUGAGGCUGGGAACUCGGCGAAGAGGAGUCGUGUGGAUGAAUCCAGCGUUGGCUUGGGAAUCGGAGGAGUGAGCAGCAGCCCGAAAAGGUCGUAA